AUGCAGACAAAGAGCCCGGAAUAUGGGAUAUAUACGCGAGUAUAUGCGCAAGAAAAGACAGGGCAAUUUCGUGGAGGGCAUAAGACAUCACAAAGUGUUCAGCAGCCUUUACAGAGGGUUCGGGAGGAUAUAAGUGAAAAACGAAGGACUUACUCGGGGUAUAUGCGUGGAAAUGAUGAAUAUUCGUGGGAGCAGAGUACAAGGAAUGGACAACGGAGUCCACAGCUAAAAGAACGGGAUUCGAGGGUAAAAGAGCAUGAGAAAGACUUAAAACUCGGAGUAUAUGCGUCUCCAGACUGUCAUAUGAAAAAUUCAGAGGCACAGCGCUCCUUAUCACAACGUACAAUAAGUUUUGGAGAGGGUGCAGGGUGGAAAGCAAAAAUAAGCGAAGAAGAGUUCAGGGCAAGUGAAGAGCAAUUUAGAUCAUAUAAAAGACCAGGAAGAAGCUCAAGAACAUGUAUAAAAACGUAUAUGGAUUCUCAAUAUGAGUUGGAUGGAAAAAGCCCAUCGAAUCACGUUGAUUCAAAGAUAGAUAAAUCGUCAAUCUGUGAAGAAUCACGUGACAAACCGGGGUUGAGUCGAUCUUUGAAGGUCCGUAGGCAACAUAGAAUGUCUUUUCAACAUACUGAAGAUGGAAUAUGUAUUAAGUCUCAAAAUGCACGGAUGGGGAUGGAGAAGCAACAGCCAGUAGUGGGUAAAAAUAGAAUGCUAGGGGAAAAAGAGGAAUAUCUUUUGAAGAAAAAAAGAGAUUCUCGAGAAGAAAACAAGUAUUUUUGUGAGGAAAAGUUUUUUUGCAUAGAGAAAGAGCAAUCUUGGAAAGAAAAGCCUUUUUGCGAUAAAAAAAUAGAUUUUCACGAAAAUAAUGAAUUUUCUAAAGAAAAAGCGCGUUCUCCGGAUAAAAAUACGCGUCCCAGUGAAGACAUGGAUUUUUUUGACAAAAACAAGAAUAUAUGUGCGGAAAAUGCAGAAAUUCAUGAUCAAAAAUCGGUCGAUGGGGAUUUAGAAGUCAAAGAAGAUAAUCAGGAUCAAAAAUUAACAACUAUUCUUUCUAUUGUUAAAGAAAUGUCUAAAACAAAUACAGCUGAUUUAUCGUUGAAUACAUUGCAAGACCAGGUUUCGAAAAUAUCGGGACCGUCUUUGGUUAGUCCAGAAAAACAGUCCAAGUCUUCAAGGACUUCGCCUUUUUCAAUGUCUAGUUUGUCACAAAGGAAAAAAGGGGGUAGGUUUAAGGAUUUAGAAAAAGAAUUUUUUGAAAAAAAUGCAUCGAAUAAAGGAACAUUGUUUCGAAGAAGUAUCUUUGGCAGCUAUGUUGUAGAAGAUACGUUUGAAGAUAUUAGAUCAUCUUUGAAAGAUAUUAUUCAGCAUAGCAAAAGUUUUAAUAAAGAGCUUGAGGACGUUCCACGCCCGUGUUUAGAUCGAUUUUCUAAAAAUAAUACAGGAAACGAAACAUUUAUAAAGUCAUUUAUAGGUGGAAAAAAUAGUUAUAUUAAAGAUUUUGUUAAAAGACCUCUUUCAGUAUAUGAUAGUUUUAAGUUUAAUAAUCCAUUGUGUAUUUCUAAAGAUGAUCAAAUUAAUUCAGCUUCUGAUAAAUCUUCUGAUCACAGAGUAUCUUUGCAGGAAACUUCUAACAUAAAUAACUCUAUUGACUCUAAAUCAGAAGUUAAGUCCCAAGAGCGUCAAACUAUGCAUAGGAAAUUAGCAUCGUUAGUUUCAUUAAAAUUCCUGAAAGAUGCAGAUGAUGAAAAACCUGUUUUAUCGAAAGGGAAAAUUAUGAAAAACUCGCAACGUCAUACUUGUCUGACAAAACGAGUAAUAAAUGAUGAAAAUUUAAGACCAGAGGAUAAAACGUUAUCCGAUACAGCUAAUGCAAAUUAUUCAAGAAAUGAUUCUAAAGUAAAUGAAAAUUGUAAUACUAAUAAUCUAAACUUUAAUAAUCCUGAUAAACAAGCGGUCUCGGAAAGUUCUUUUAAGAAUUCUUAUGAUAAUUCACAUCAUAUACAUUCCGAUGAUGCAACUAAUUCUGACAAAUGUUCUGUUCAAACAAAUAAUUUUGUUCGAAACCACGAAUCUGAUUACGAUUCUAAUAGUAUAUCUUCAUGGUUACUUUCUAUAAAAAAUAAAUAUCAAAAUAUAGAAAUAGAACACAAAACACAAGACUUGUCUUAUUUAUCUACUAAUUUAGAACCUACACAUUCCUCUACAUCUCAGUCAGUACCUCAGCUAAUGCCUCAGUCGAUGCAUACAUCUCUAUUGGAGGACGAUUUAGACGUUAAUACGUUUUCAUUUUCAAAAUUUGGAAAUGUAUCAUUUGAUACAGUAAAGAAAACAAUAGCUUCAUUGAAGAAAAAAUAA